GUGAAGCUGAAAAACUGAAAGUGUAACUUUAAAGAUAGAUUUUGACGUGUGAAAUGGCAUCCGAAGCUUUUACUGAGGUGGACUUCACUUGUCCUGUGUGCUUUGACUUCUUUAUAAAUCCUGUUCUUCUGCCCUGCACUCACAGCAUCUGUUCAAACUGCAUCCAGGCGUUUUGGGAAAGUAAAGGAAUUCAGGAAUGUCCCAUGUGCAGAGACAUAUCGACAGUGAAUGUUCCUACGUUAAAUCUGGCUUUGAAGAACAUGUGUGAGACCUUCCAACAGGAGCGAAGUCAAAGAUCUUCAUCAGGAGGUGAAGCCGUCUGCAGCGCUCACAAAGAGAAGCUGAAGCUCUUCUGUCUGGAUGAUCAGCAGGCCGUGUGUUUGGUGUGUCGAGACUCCAAACUACACACCGACCACACUUUCUGUCCCAUAGAUGAAGCCGUGAUCACUAAUAAGGAGAAACUCAAAGCUGUACUGAAACACUUACAGGAGAAGAUGGGAAUAUUUGAUAAUUUUAAGCAAACGCUGGAUCAGACUGCUGACAUUAAUAAGGUUCAAACUCAAGAUACAGAGGAGAAGAUCAGCAAGGAGUUUGAGGAACUUCGUGAGAUUCUACGCAAUGAAGAAGUGGCCAGAAUAACAGUACUGCGAGAGGAACAGAAUCAGAAGAGUCAGAUGAUAAAGGAGAAGACUGAGAAGACCAGCAAACGGAUCGUAUCUCUCAAAUGUGCAAUUAGAGAUGUAGAGGAGCAGAUGAAAGCUGACGAUGAUUCAUUCCUGCAGAACUUUAAGAGCACAUUGCAAAGAGCCCAGUUUAGCCUGCCAGGUCCAGGGAAUGUUUCAGAUUUGCUGAUCAAUACCCAAGAAUACCUGAGUGACCUGAGGCUCAGUGUGCUACAGAAGAUUGACAGCUCCAAGGGGGACCCCAGUGUAAGAGGGGGCCACAAUAUCAGACGGGGCCAGAGUUCCAAAGUGGGGCCCAGUGUCAGGGGGGACACGACUUCCAGAGGGGGCUUCAAGGGGGACCCCACUUCCAGAGGGGGUCUAAAUUUCAGAGGGGGCCCCAGUAAUAGAGGGGACCGCAGCUUAAGGGGGGGGCAUAAUUUUAAGGAGGACCCCAAUAACAGAGGGGACUCCAGUUUCAGGGGGGACCCUAGUUUUAAGGAGGACCCCACUUCCAGAGGGGGUCUAAAUUUCAGAGGGGGCCCCAGUAAUAGAGGGGACCGCAGCUUCAGGGGGGGGCAUAAUUUUAAGGAGGACCCCAAUAACAGAGGGGACUCCAGUUUCAGGGGGGACCCUAGUUUUAAGGAGGACCCCACUUCCAGAGGGGGACAAAAUUUCAGAGGGGGCCCCAGUAAUAGAGGGGACCCCAGCUUCAGGGGGGGGCAUAAUUUUAAGGAGGACCCCAAUAACAGAGGGGACUCCAGUUUCAGGGGAGACCACAAUUUUAAGGAGGACCACAGUAACAGAGGGAUCCCCAAUUUUAAGUUUCAUGGCAGGCCACAGUUUUAG